CUUACAGGUUUCCACAGACUUGGGGCAAGAGGUGCGCUCCCGGACCCGGCGUUGGUUUGCAGCUCACGCAUGUCCUCUGUCGCAGUAUGCGCGACGUGGAGUAUAGUCGUCGAUGACGCCAUACGUUUCGUCCCCCCCCCAAAAGCGCUGUCUUCUCCCCAUUCAUAGCACUAAGCGGACAGCGGAGGGGCAGCGGCAGCGUAGGGGCUGUUGCGGUUGUCCAGGAUCCCACGUCGUGCACAGGGCGCUACAGAACCAAAGCACGUCUACAGGCAAGCUAAGCACCGAGAAAAAGUUUACUGCAUGUCGGAGAAAUGCUAGUCUGCUAUGGAGCACCAGUGCCGCCAAAAUGAGUUCAGACACUGAUGAUGCUGCGAAGUUUUGGAGUAACGGAUCCUCGGAACUGUACGGCGGGUUACUGCUGGAGGCCAACAGCACAAAUCUGACUUCGGGGAAUGAGUCCGAACCGAAUUCCCUGGACCUCACUCGGGCGGUCCCCCUGGGUAUGGUCUUGGGCGCAUUUAUCGUUUUCGCCAUCGUGGGCAAUAUCCUUGUCAUUCUUUCUGUGGUGUGCAACAGGCAUCUGAGGACCCCCACAAACUAUUUCAUUAUCAACUUAGCCAUCGCCGACUUGUUGCUGAGCACCACGGUCCUGCCCGUCUCCGCCACCUUGGAGAUCCUCAACUACUGGGUGUUUGGCAGGAUCUUCUGCGACAUUUGGGCGGCGGUGGACGUCUUGUGCUGCACAGCAUCCAUCAUGAGCUUGUGCGUGAUCUCCAUAGAUCGCUACAUCGGAGUGAGCUACCCGCUACGGUAUCCCAGCAUCGUUACGGAGAGGAGAGCUCUCCUUGCCAUGUUCGGGGUGUGGGUUCUGUCGGUGGUCAUUUCGAUCGGACCUUUGCUAGGUUGGAAGCAGGCGCCCUCACCUGACGACAGGGUAUGCAGAAUUAACGAGGAGCCCUUUUACGCACUCUUUUCAUCCCUAGGAUCCUUCUACAUACCUUUGGUGGUCAUACUGUCCAUGUACUGCCGAGUGUACAUAGUGGCCAAAAAGACAACUAAGAACCUGGAGGCCGGCGUGAUGAAGGAGCGGACGGACUCCAGUGAGCUCACGCUCCGGAUCCACAAGGGAUCACAGAUUCAUGAGGACAGCGGGAGCACCGGCAAGGGCCGGGGUCAGCCAAGCCGGAGCUCCCUCACCGUCAAGCUGCUCAAGUUCUCACGGGAAAAGAAGGCUGCUAAAACCUUGGGCGUUGUGGUCGGCAUGUUCACCUUGUGCUGGCUGCCCUUCUUCAUCGCGCUGCCCAUCGGGUCAUUCAACUCCAGUCUGCGUGCUCCUAAACCCCUCUUCAAUGUGAUCUUCUGGCUUGGUUACUUCAACAGCUGUCUGAACCCCAUCAUCUACCCCUGCUACAGCCGGGAGUUCAAGCUGGCCUUCAUCCGCAUCCUCAGGUGCCAGUGCCGGCACAGGAAACGCCCAGGCUGGAAGGCCUACAACUACCGGAGCUCCCACCUCAGCUCCUCCAGCAACUCGAGGAAGGACUCCGUGGGCAACAACUCCACCUGCCUCAACGGCAGCCAGCGGACGCUCUCCUCAGCCACCCCCAGCCCCAGCUAUCUUCACAAGAGCGCCCCGGUGGAGCUCAGCGCCUACCACACAUGGGCGUCCACUUCCCCUUCCUCCCUGCCUGGAAGCCCCUCCGACAGCCAUCUGGGCGGGUUCUUGUACCUAAGCCCUAGCGACAGGGUCAGUGCACACAGCAUGUUGUGUCCUGGGGAGCUACAGUCCACUAGCCUCCGGCUCCCGUGCGGGCAGAACGGUAGCAGGGGUGUGGCGCAUGAUCAGCGAGCCAGGACGGUCCUGGAAAGUGUGCUGUGACCCCCCAGCUUUCUCCCCGCUGAGAUGAUACCGUCACCUGGCGCCAUCAUCAAUGGAGACUUCCCAAACCACUUUGGGCCAUGUGCAUUAACUUUAAAGGGGCAGAGAGGGUUAAACGCGGGGAUAAACACGGUCUGUAUUCGUCAGUGUGCAAUGGAUUGUACCGAGGGCCUAAGACUUGUUCAAUUAAACGGGAUGUUCGCUUAGAACAUUCUACUAGUUAGCGAUGAUACAUAAAGCCUUAACCAAUCAGCAGUGAUUUCAGGGGCACCAGCAGAUGAAUGUGAGAGGAACCAGCAAGAAAAUACCAGGCCAAGCUAUGAAUGAGGGUGAAUUACACCCGGUUUACAUCACAUGUAUAGAUAUCACAGUAAUGUGGCGUACCUGACUUUUUGCAUAUAUGUCGUGCGCCAUCAUGAUCCUGCCGGAGCACGAUCUCACGUGGCGUUCCGGCAUCGCAGGAAACCUGAAAAAUAACACUGUCUGUUUCUUUGACUGAUGGUUUAUGUGUCAUUCAUUCCAAACAAUAAGCUGCACUUAUCAUUCCGUAAUGCGGGGUGUCGAAUGACCUGACAGGUCAUGUGGUGCUUCUGAGCACUGUUUACAUGUGGAAGCCGCUUUUACAUCCGUGCUGUGCAUAUCGGACUCGGUUUAUGCUCACAUGAUCCCUGUGGCUUGUUUUCGUUAUACAGUUAAAUUAUCAGCUUUUACUUUGCAACUGAAAUGAAAAUUAAAAGUAAGAAAUACAAAGAAUGUAUUAUGCCAAUUUGAGUCCGGUGUAGCAAAUAUAUUAAACAUUGCGAAUUUAUCUUUAUUUGCAUGACAACAUUAAUAUAUUCCUAUAGCUAUGAAAGAAGCAAUAUUUGAUAUAUUUGUUCUGUAUAAUAUACAUUCAUCCAUCCAUCUUCUGACGCUGUCAGGGUCAUGGCAGGACUUGUACAAAAUGUAUGGACAUAUUUAAACUCUUUUCCUUAGAUUUCUUUGGUAUAUUGUAUAAUUUGUGUAGCUUUUGUUCAGAGAUGGGCAUUGGGUUUUCUAUCAUUAAAGCCCCCCCACUACAAUAUUGGAGAAAAGUCAUUUGAACAUGGAAGUAUCGUCGCUCAAGGUCAGAAGUUGCUGUGAUCCUUCAGCCAUCAGUCAACCUGCCAAAAACUUCUUUCAGAAAGAUCGUUGUGAUCUUUACCCGCUCAGGAAUGUGUCACCUCAGAUCACUAAUUCAAUCUUCAGUACUACAAAAACUUAGACAGGGUGGGGGUGGGGGAGGGGCACUGUGGUUCGCUCCCAAGGCUGUUGCUGUAAUACAGAGUGGAGCAUCAAUACCAUAAGGUUGUGGUGGCUCUGCCCGUCUGUCUGUUGUGGCUACGAUCUCCUACUUGACCUCAGUGACAGCAACAGAGGUUUCCUGAGAACACGUGGGUCGGAGCGGGCGUCAGAGAGGCCGGCCCGAAACAAAGGCCGCGGGUCGGAGCGGGCGUCAGAGAGGCCGGCCCGAAACGAAGGCCGCGGGUCGGAGCGGGCGUCAGAGAGGCCGGCCCGAAACGAAGGCCGCGGGUCGGAGCGGGCGUCAGAGAGGCCGGCCCGAAACGAAGGCCGCGGGUCGGAGCGGGCGUCAGAGAGGCCGGCCCGAAACGAAGGCCGCGGGUCGGAGGGGGCGUCAGAGAGGCCGGCCCGAAACGAAGGCCGCGGGUCGGAGCGGGCGUCAGAGAGGCCGGCCCGAAACGAAGGCCGCGGGUCGGAGCGGGCGUCAGAGAGGCCGGCCCGAAACGAAGGCUGUGUCCUUGGAAAUGUUUUCCAGUGAAGGUCAUCCUCUGUUCCUGUAACCUUUCUUCAGUGCCUGUUUUGCUUUACUGCUUCAAUUCGCUAUGAAAUGUAUUUUUCCUCGGUAGAUCUGAAUUUCAUAUACUUCAUUCUAGCAGAGGUAAUAUGGUUUCAAUGGGAAUUCUAUAAUUCUGAACUUUUCAAAACAUGGCGGUAUACUAACACAACACUAUACAUAUGUAUGCUAUGCAAGCGUCAGUAAAUAACCAUACUGUUGUAGAGAAGUAACAAAGAUAUAUUUCUCUGCCAUCAAGUAGCCAAAACUGAGGGCCGGUUCCAUCAGCCUGAAUCUUGGACCUGCCUCUUCCAUUCAUCCUCCCAAAAUUUCAUCUGUCAGUCAGAUUUAGCAGGAACGGACGAAACAUUACACCAGAGUAACCUUGCCCAUAGCAGGAUUAAAACCUUUGUAAAUAAAGACAACAAAAUAUGGAUUUAAGGGAUGUCUUUGUAGAAUCUACUAAAGAUUUAAAAUGUCAGUUAUUAUUUUAUUCAUUUAUUUGAGGUGCCCACAUGAAGCAGAGUAAAAAAAUAUUAUGUCAAUAAUAUUUUUGCAUCCAAGAGUUUUUUUGUGGCUGGUAAUACUUUGAUGUCCUUUUCACUAUGGUUGAAAUAUUCUGUGUCCCUCUGGGUGAUCGUCUUUCUCUUCAUUAAGACAAAAAAUACAUGCAUUCCACCGAUGUGGUUCUGAAAGUGGCAUUUCCUGUUCAUAACUGAGGUCUCGUGUUUGCCGGCCUCAGUCUUGCAGCCGCACAUUCUGAUUGCAGGUGUGUAUAUUUACGUUUUUGUCAUUAAAGGUACAUUGAAAUCCU